CGCCGAAGGAGAGGAGAUAGAGAGGAGGAGCUAUUUUCUUGGCGAAUAACAGAACACCAACUCAUCAUGUCUGUAAAGAAAAAAGUUAAAAAGAUAAACAAUGAAGGCAAGGAAUUUUUCAAUAGUUAUGACACAGAAGAGCAGUAAGGUGCUACGUUAUACCAUCCAAGUCAGUGUUUGGACAUUCUUAACAAAGUGUUAAUAGUUUUCAGUCGUCGUGAUGAAACUGUUAGUGCUAACUUUCAGCUUGCUGUUUCUCAUUCAAUUAUCCGAGUAUUACGCCGAAGCAACAACGACUAGCUAUUAUGAUAUCCUAGGAGUCGACAGAAAGGCAACAGAUCGACAAAUAAAGAAAGCUUUUCGCAACCUUGCUCUGAAAUAUCAUCCAGAUAAAAAUCCUAAUUUUGAAGACAAGUUUAAAGAAAUUGCACAAGCUUAUGAAGUCCUUUCGAACCCAAAGAAAAGGAAGGAAUAUGAUAUGUUUGGGACACAUGACAACACAAGAAACCAAAAUUCAGAAUUUACUUAUGACUUUGACUUCAAUCAGUUUAUGAAGCAGUUUGACCAGCAUUUUGGAGACUUAAACCACAAGUUUUUUAACAGUCACACCAACAAGAGGGCUCAGAAGAAAACAAAUUCAAUUCCAAAUUUUGGGAAUUUAUUUGCUGAUAAUGACCUGUUCGGAGGAUUUGAAUUCAAUAAUCUGAAUUCUAUGUUUGGCUUUACUGAUGAUUCACAUCACAGAACACAACCAUCUUGUGAAACAGUAACCCGAAAAAUUGGUAACGUUGUUACAAGCUAUACACAUUGUCUGUGAUUGGACUUAUAUACAAAUUUUACUGUUAUGGAAAUCGUUGUCGGCAAUUACAUUUUGUUUAAGGUGAA